GAAGGGGGAUGUUGAGGAGCAUAUGCAUCGUCGUCGACAUUCACCCAAGACGUUCGAACUGGAUCAGUUCUUCGAAAUAUCUGCACUACGUUGCAACAAUUUCGUUCUGUUUCGUUUUAUUUGUCUGAAUUUAUUUUACUUGAAGUUUUGAUCCGGAAAUCUCGCGAUUUCUUUAUAGUGUCAUUGUUGAAACGGAUAAUUACGGUGCUUCUACAUAAUAACAUUAUAGUGCUUAUAAGAAACAUUAAAAAGAAAGAACGAUAAUAAUAUAUACAGAUUAUAGUUGGACAUAUAUUUGAAAUAUACGUAUAUUGAAGCGCGGCAAAAGUACCGCCAAAUUUCAAUCUACUCAUGUUACAGGCAAAAGCAUUAGUCCUUUUAUCGGUAAUAGCAACCAUCAAAGCUUUACCAAUCGCGAAUGUUCAUGUGAAAUUCGUCUCUCGACCUCACAUAUACGAACAUGGUAUUACAACAGACGGAGAUCGUACGAUUUAUCAAAAAUCCUUUGUUUCGAUCGGACGAAGAAGCAUUCCCUCGAAUCCUCGAAGACAAUUUGGAGAACGUAUACAUACUGAUAUCAACUUGCAAGAAAUUCCAGAAAUUGGGAAAUAUGCAACAAUAAUAAAACCGGAAAAUGCUGAAUCAUUAUGGCCAGUUGGAGUCUUUCUUCCCCCCAUAGAUGUGAAUGACCUUAGCCAUACUUCUCAGGAAUCUAGACAUAUAACACCCGAUUACAGUAACGGUUUAAAAUAUCAUGAUCCUUUGCUUCUGACCGGUACGGAAGCAAUGAUGGUGGUGAAAUAUAUCUAUGGCCGCGGCGAACUUUUUUACGAGGAUUUUCCACACGUACGUGCUAUAUUGCGGAAUCAAGAAGAGAGAAGAUUAAAUGGUUUACACGAUCAUAUUCUAAGCAGUCUAAGGCCUAGCUCCCCUUUUUACAAAAGACAGCAACAUUAAAAAUGUAAAUUUGAAUUUGGCUGAAAAGUGAGUAACUAUUAUCAUACAAAUUUAUACAGCGAAUUCAACAGGAAAUCGACAGAAAAAUAAUUGCCAUCACUAAUAGCGACAUGAUCUGUCAAUUAAUUAAUUUAACGUCAUUUUUAUUCAAAAACAAUAUUUAAUUUUCAUAUAUCACGACAUAACAUUAGACACAUAAAAUAAUUUCAUACGAUAAAAUCCAUUGUUACUUUAAAUAAAAAUAAAGCAACUAAAGGGAUAUUAAUCCAUAAAAAAUCUAGAUGAACAUAUAGUCAUAUAAUUAAAUAAAUUAUAAAUGCUUUAGAAAAUAUUGAUAUGCUAUUUUUAAAUAGAUCAUCAAAUUGCAUAUACCAAUUUGUAAUACCUUUCACAGCAAUUUAUAUAAUUUUUUGCAAAUCGUAUAAGAAAACAACGUGUAUCGCUCUUACUCGCAUUAGAAUCAGAAUCAUAUCUUAUUUAUUACGGAACAGCCCUGUUUACAGUUCAAGUUCAAAGAACAAAAUAAAAUAAACAAUCACAAUACGAUACGAGCAAUAAUUUGUAGUCUUAAAGAUCUAAUAGAGAUUUUUUUAUUAGUAUUGCAUUGGUAUUUGCAUUUUAAAAUAACUUAUAAAAUUGUUAUUAAAAUCUUACAUGAGAAAAUAUCAUCAAUACGAUGACAAAUAAAACGUUUGUUAAAA